AUCCUAAAAACUUUACCAAUUCCUUUCUAGGGUUUUUGCCUUAGGUUUGCUACUACUUAAGUUUCUUGAGUUCGUAUUCUGUAUGAUUCAGAUUUUUCUUUCGGUUUGUGUAACUGAAGGGAUGAACUCGAAUCUACAUGUUAAAAAUGCUUCCAAAAAUCACGAAGACCUCUAAUUUUACAAAUUUUUGCAAAGGGAUUUUGGUUUAGAUUUGCCGAUACUUCAGUUUUGAUUAGUUUGUUUCUGAAAUUUUGAAGGGAGGACUUGAGAUUGGCAUGAUAUAUCAUCAAGAUGUCAUUCAAAAACAUUGUGCGCGAGCUGGGGGAUGCGAUUGGUAACAUGUCAAGAAGAGGAAUUGAAGGGAAACACUGGCGAAACUGUACUCGAUCGCAUAUUGCUCCUGAUGUAGCUCCAUCGGAAUCGAUAAGCGAAGGCCAGUGGGCACACUUGCCUCCUGAACUGCUUUUGGAUAUAAUUCGUAGGGUUGAAGAGAGUGAGACGUCUUGGCCGGCCAGAACUGUUGUCGUCUAUUGUGCAUCAGUUUGUAAGCCAUGGAGGGAUAUUACUAAAGAGAUUGUGAAGACUCCUGAAGAAUGUGGAAGGUUAACAUUUCCUAUCUCGUUGAAGCAGCCGGGUCCUCGUGAUUCUCCAAUUCAGUGCUACAUAAAAAGAGAUCGAGCAACUUCCACUUUCCGUUUGUACUUUGGGCUGACUCCAUCUGAAGACGAGAGUGAUAAGUUAUUGUUGGCAGCCAAAAAGACUCGAAGGGCAACAAGUACAGAAUUCUUGAUUUCUUUGGUUGCAGAUGAUUUUUCAAGAGCAAGCUCUACUUACGUUGGCAAACUGAGGUCUAAUUUUCUUGGAACCAAAUUCACCAUGUAUGAUAGCCAACCUCCAAGUGAUGAAGCCUUUCAAGCUAAUCAUAGCCGUUCAAGUCGAAGAUUCCAUACAAAGCAAGUAUCUCCUCGACUCCCCGCAUGUAACUACAACAUAGCCACUAUGUCGUAUGAGCUCAAUGUACUACGUACACGAGGUCCUAGAAGAAUGAACUGUUCCAUGCAUUAUAUACCCAUCUCCUCAAUCCAAGAAGGGGGCACUGCUCCAACUCCAAAAUCUUUCCCACAGUCCUCCGAAGAGAUACUUCCCCUUUCAUCACCUUCUAUGAAAGGGAAAUCUAUAUCCGACACCAUCUGCAAGGACUCUUUGGUCCUUAUCAACAAAUCCCCGAGAUGGCAUGAACAAUUACAAUGUUGGUGUCUGAAUUUCAAAGGCCGUGUUACAGUGGCUUCUGUGAAGAAUUUUCAGCUCGUAGCUUCUGUUGAUCCUUCUCAAAAUGUGCCGGCUGCAGACCAAAAUAAAGUGAUUCUACAAUUUGGGAAGAUUGGACAAGACAUUUUCACAAUGGAUUAUCGAUACCCACUAUCUGCAUACCAAGCCUUUGCUAUCUGCCUUAGCAGUUUCGACACAAAACCAGCAUGCGAAUGACAUGAGUCUCAUUGUGAGUUAUCAGGUCAGUCUUAUCUUUGCGUAGUCACUCACUCCACACACAAAAUUGUCUAAUGCUGAUAAUAUGUUAGCUGCGAGAUGAGUAGUUUCUCCUUGUAGCAAUUGUAGUUAUGACAAACAUGUGUUUUGUUAUUUAAACUCUUUCAAUUUAUCUCUUCGCGUUAAAUGUGUUAUAUAGCUUGGAAAUUAGAGGUC